CCCGAGUCUGACGAUGAAACGUCUGAAGUAUUCAAUCAACCAGAAACUGAUUCACAAUCACGACUGGAGUAGGAUAUUUUUCUAUGCGGCAGUGCAGGUGAGUGACAUUCAACACAGAGCGUCGCACCUGAGGGAUUAUUCAUUAUCACCAUGACGUCAUGCCGGGGUGAAUAGAGCGCGCUGAAGCGGAGCUGUUCACUCGCGCAGGUGCUUAACACUGAUACUCCAACACCAUCAUACACAUGAAGGCCAUGAAAGCUGCUUUCCUCAUUGCGUCUCAUCUGCUGUACCAGCUAGUUUGCAUUGACACAUCAAGAACUCCAGACUGCACUUCACACAUGGAUGCUUGUGUUUCUCCACGCAUCUGCAGAAGUGAACAGGCUGUCCUCAGAGAUAUCUGUAAUUAUAAAGAUGGAAGCUGCCACCCGACUGACGCAAAGGUCUGUAAUGCCACACUUCAGAUGAUGCUAAGCCGCUCACCUGCGUUGGGAAAGUGUGUGUGUUCUGAGCCGGAUCCAUGCGGCAAUCUACAACAGCUGUUCUCUCAGUGCCAGCGUCGCUUGGCUAAAAAAAACAAGCAACUUGAGGCAGAAUGGAAAGUCAGUGUACACCACACAAGCAAAUCCUGUCUUGAAGAGACAGUGGCUUGUCUUGGGGAAGAAGCUUGUAACAGACGGAUGGUGCCAUUUGUCCAGGAGUGCAAUGCAUACCAAUGCAACCCCAGCCAGUGCAGUCAGGCAAUGAGGCAGUUCUACUCAGCUCUUCCUCACAACGUGGCUGAGAGACUGGUGUUCUGUGACUGUGACGGAGAAGACCACGAAUGCCAGGAGAUGAAGGCUUCCUUACACUCUGGAUCCUGUGUGAGCGACCAGUCGCAGACACCCUACUGCCUGGAGGCGCUGGACAGCUGCUCUGAGGAUUCAUUGUGCAGGCAGUUAUUUAACAGGUACCUAUCCAAAUGUUACGUGGCAGAGGACUCUGCAUAUGAUUUGAUGAGUGACUGGCUAAAUCUUCUAAACCCUGACAACUUUCUUGGGGAAGACCUCCAAUGCAGGGUGGCUUUUGUGGAAACUAUGGGUUCAGUACUUCAUCACCCCUGUACCUGUGAUGGAUUACAUCAUCAUGACCAAUAUAAGUGCAAUGAGCUGAAACAGAUUUUCCAAGACAAGUCCCUCUUCAAGCUCUCAAGAACCAAAGGAAAUUUCCGACAUGGAGAAUUCCAUGAAUCAAACAUUGGGCGACAACCAACCAAUACACCAAGUGCUGAUCUGAAGCGGUUAGGUGGUGAAACUGUCCGACAUGGCCAAUCCGAUGAUUCAAGCAAUGGGCAACAACAAACCAAUGAAUCAAGGGUUAAGCAGCAGUGGCUGAGUGAUCAACUGUUGUACCUACUGAUCUAUAUCUCUGCAUUAAUGGUGGUGGUGUUGUUCAUUGUCAGCCUUGUUUUGCUCAGACUGAGGAGAAUACACCGAGCUGCUGAUAAACCAACUUUUGAGGCCCAUCAGUCAAAAUCUCUAAUGUUGUCUUCUGUUAUUAUUUGAGUAGUUUGAUAAAAUUCUGGUUAUAUUCCUGAUACUUUGCACAUUGUAGUUAUAUAUUUAUAUUUCACUGUGAAUUGUAAUGAAAAAAGAGGGGCAGAACAUGAUUUUACCUACAGGGAAUUGAUAGGAUUGUGAAAAGUGGAAGAUUCCCUUUUUGGGAACUGUGAUUGUGAUGGAGACUGAUGGUCGAGUUAACCAGAGAGAGCAUCCCAAAGGUGACAUUUCUUUUUCAACAUUUGCAAUUAUAGCCGUAACCUUUAUUACAUUAAAGGGGUUAAAACAUGAAAACAAUUAUUUUCUUGACAUAUAAUUUAUUUGACAUAUAAGAGAUCAUUGCACACACACACACACGCAAAUAUAUUGUAAUUUUCAUACCUGAAACAAUUCUCCUCACUGCAAAAGAAACCAUGCCAAUAAACCAAUAAAUGUG